AUGGUCAGGUGGGCCAACAGGUGGAAGAUGGUGAUCGCCGGGGAGAAGACCCAGGCCCUGGUCCUCUCCCAGUGGUCCCAUGACGCCAAGGACUUCCUGAUCAAGGAGGCGCAACUACGGACCGUUGCCAACGGUUACGUCCGGAGUGCCCUGGAGUACGCGGCAGCGGCGUGGCUCCCGGCGGCGUCUGAAGCUCACGUCGAGCUGAUCGAACGCGAGCUGCGAGCGGCGGCCCGUGCGGUCACUGGCUGCACGGCCUCGACCCCGGCCGCGCCGCUGAUGGCCGAGGCCGGCAUCCCGCCGGCGCGAGUGCGAUGCCCGGCGCUGGCCGCCCGCAUGGUGGGCCAGGCCGCUUCGCUGCCCGGCGACGAUCCGCUCCGUGCCGUCGGAGAGAUGCACGUCGCGCCCCGCCUGAGGACGACCACCGGAUGGCGUGAGGUCGGCCACCGCGCCCUGGCUUGGUCCACAGGCGCGGUCGACGUCAAAGAUGAAGGACGCCCUACAAAGACCAUCCCACCGUGGGACCACCAUGAAGAAGCUGUGACUUUCUGCCUGGACGUCGGCCCCGGCGGCCAGAGAGCGGCCCCUGCGCACAUACGGAGGGGAGCGGCAGAGGCUACACUGGAACAUCUGCCGCCCCGCGCCACCUGGCUAUGGUCGGACGGCUCGGCGGAGAGAGGUGUCUCCCAGGGCGGGGGCGGUGCCACCAUCACCCUCCCGUCGGGAGAGACUCGGGAGGUCCAAGUCCCAGCGGGCCAGCUCUGCUCCAGCACGCGGGCAGAGCUGUGUGCCCUGAAGGCAGCCCUGAACGCCAUCCGAGACGCCGACGCCGACAUCGCAGACGACCCAAUAGUCAUCUGCACCGACUCCCAGGCCGCCCUGAGGUUGCUGGAGAGCGGCGCCUCCGCCCAGACGACUCAUCUAGGGAUCUCCAUCUGGGAGGACCUACUCGCUCUCUCCCGCCGAGGGUCACCGAUCCGCCUCCAGUGGGUCCCGGCGCACUGCGGCCUGCGGGAUAAUGAGAGGGCCGAUGAGCUGGCCAAGGAGGCCUUCGGCCUACCCCAGGAGGCAGCAGCAACAGACGUGAGGACGCUAACGAAGGCCGUCGCACGCUGCGCCUCCCACCGCUGGCGGCAGGAAUGGCCGUCCAGCUUCUUCAAGGACAUCAUGCGGGACCGUAUGCCGUCCCCGCUCAACAACCUCGACCGGGAUGCCGCCGUCAACGUUCACCAGCUGCGGGCCGGGCACUGGGGCCGCUCGGAGCAGUAUCUGCACCGUAUCGGGCGGCGCCCCAUCCCGACCUGCCAGCAGUGCAACCUCAAGGCGUGCCCCGCAGCCCACUGCAUCGUGUGCAGAGAGGGCGCCGACACCCCGGAGCAUGUGCUGCUCAGGUGCCCGUGCCUGGCCGGCGCCCGCCUGCGACUGACGGGCAACAUCCACAUUCGACCAGAGCAGCUGAAGGACGGCGAGCUGGUGGCGGCCUUGGCCGCCGGCUACCUCCGCCACAAAGAGCCCCUCAUGGGGCUACAGGCCGGCCUCGGCCGGCCCUGA